AUGAAACACCUCCUGCUCCUGCCCCUUCUCCUGCUGGGGACAGUUUCUGCUCUUUCCCUGGAGAAUGGUGGCCCCCAUCUGGGCAGCAGAGAGCCACAGGCAGACCUGAGCCAGGAUGUGGAAGGCUCAGGGGAACAGGAGGGAGGGUUGGCCCUGAAUGAUGAGGUGCUUGAGUCAGAGGAAGACGAGGCCGAGACUUGCAGCUCUCAAGAUGACUGUGAGGAUGAGAAGGCCAUGGAGUCAGACCCAGCUGCCCCACACAAGGACUUGCCGUGCCCUAAGGAAGAGGACACCAUUCAGCUUCCUGGCAGUCCUGGAUGCAAGAGUUGCCACUACGUGUUGGUGCUGACCCCGAGGAAGUUUUGGAACGGUCAGAAUAUCUGCAGGAGGUGCUACCGAGGCAACCUCGUCUCCAUCCACAACUUCAGCUUCAACUCUCAAGUCCGGCACUUGGCCAAUAGGGUCAAUGAAGCACAGGUCUGGAUCGGAGGCUACAUUAGGGGCUGGUUGCUGUGCAGGAGAUUUCGUUGGGCAGAUGGCAGUCGCUGGGAUUUUGGAUAUUGGGCCCGAGGGCAGCCCGGGAAUGGGAGAGGCCACUGUGUAGCCCUGUGCAGUAAAGGGGGUCACUGGCGACGAGCUUCAUGUAAAAGGCGGCUGCCCUUCGUCUGCUUGUUCUAAGCCAGAGGCACGGAGACCCUGCCUUGGAGCCCCUCCCUUCUCGCCCUCCUGGCCGCCCCAGCCCCACCCUUGGCACUUU